UCGGUCUUUUUUCCUCUCUGCUCUUUUCCUUUAGUCUUUUUAUUUAUUUAUUUCUUAACCCACGGUUAUUGGCUUUCUGCGCGAUCCGAUUGUACCAAAAGAAUAGUGUAAUUAGGCGUAGUGAAAAGUCGGGCUCCGUGGCCUCAGUUAUGAGUGACUUAUCAACCAAUAUUUGUUUUGAUGCAUUAUCUGUGCUAAGUGGCAAUGUGCAAUUGGUCGACAAUGUAUGCAGCAUCUGUGGAGCAUCGCACUACACCCAAAAUUGUCCAGAGUUUGCCAAGGGAGAUCAUAUCAAAGAUAAGCCCUCGCUUAACCUAUCAAGGUCAUCGGUUCCUAAUGGGCUCCUGAUAAUGGAUGCCGCCGAUGGCUCCAGCUGUGUGGUGACGUCUCAAAAAUUCGCCAAAGGAACACGCUUCGGACCGCUGUUGGCGCAAAAAUCGUACGCACCGAUUAAGAACAUCCCCUUCCCGCUGGUGCUGUUCGCUACCCCGUUCUACUAUGGCAGCAACGAGUUCGAUUUCGAUCUGCAGACACUUUUCAAUGGGCGAAAUGUGUAUCUGGACACCAGGAACGAAAGCAAAUGCAACUGGAUGAUCCACGUUAGUCUGGCACGGUUCUCCAAUGAGCAGAAUCUGAUCUGCUAUCAGGAAAAUGACGAGAUAUACUACACGGCCGUCAAGGACAUCGAACUGGGCGACAUUUUGCGGGUUUGGUACUCACAAAGCUAUGCCGCUAAAAUUGGUGCCACCUUGCUGGAGCCGAGCCCGUACGACAUCUGCAAUAAUAUUCUCCGCUCGGUCAGCCUAGAUUACGGGCUCAAUCUUGAUCAGAACCAGAACUAUGUGGAAGGCUUUCCGUCUUCCUCGGGGGUACAUUCGUCACAGGCUGCCCUCAUGGUGAGCGGUAGCGAUGUUAAUAACAACAGCAACCUCGGAUCAAGCUCAUCCGAGACGGUUUCCAGUUAUGACAAAAUUUCUCUACCACCGAUAGAUAGCCUUAUGAAAACCACGUCACCAAAAUACAUAAACCACUACCACAUGUUCGACAUCGAUCUAAUUACCCAGCAGAGUACGCCUGCGCACCAGCAACAACAGCAGCCGUGCGACGAUUACGGUCAAUUUAAUCCACCUUCGCAAAUGCAUCAUUCUAGUCAGCACCAGCAGUCGACGUCACAGGCGCAAAUUCAUAAUCAUCAAAACGUGGAGAUGCAGCAGCAGCAGCAGCAGCAACAUACGUUACACCAGCAGAUGGUGCAUUCAACCUAUCCCAGCUUUCAAACGCUUCCGGAGGACACUCUCAGCCCUGCUGAUUUGAUCAACAUCUCGCUGGGAGCUAGCGAUAUGAAUAUUCCCUUUGAUUCGUUCGGUGCCAGCAAUCAUCUGAUCGGAUACGACGGUGGCAGUAGCAGUGGUAGCAAUCUGGGAGAUUCCGGUAUCAGUGUCAGUGGUGGUCAGGGAUUGGAAAAGUUACACAGCCGGUAUUCGUCGUCGACGGAUUCGUUGGUUACAUUGAAUGAUAGUUUAAAUAUGGUCCCGGCGGUAACGCCGGCACCUUCCACAUCUAACAUCGUAUCCACGCCUGCCGCUGAUCCGGAGACGGAUAAGAAAUAUCCGUGCGAGAUUUGUCUACGGAAGUAUAUGACCAAGUCGAAUUUGGACAAGCACAUGCGAAAGCAUAAUCUGUUUUUGUGUGUGUUCUGCAUGAAGCUGUUCCAGAUGGCGGAAGAGCUGAAGGAUCACGAAUGCACCGAACGCAAAUCCAAAACAGCCUAUCUACAUUGCCCAAAGUGUUUGAAGGUUCUCUCCAACUCCUGGUCACUCCAGCGACACAUGAAGAUUCACAAAGACCCAAACGAGUCGGUGUUGAGUGUUUCGGCGGAAGAUUCGGCUGAUAAAAUAUUAGUGGAUACGAAAGAGCAGACGGUUUUUGGCGAGAUCGAACCGACUCCGGUGGAUGAGUUGAAACCAAGUAUCGAGCCGAUGGGAACGACUAAUGAACCUUUGCUGUUGGCCGAUGAAAGUAGUGACAUAAUGAUGGAAACAGAGCCGAUACAGUUACAGGAAAUAGAUGUGGAACCAGAGCUUGAGUUUAUGCACCAUCAACAACAGCAGCAGCAACAGCAUCUACAAACUUUGACCGCUGUGUUGCCCGGCAUUCCGUCUAUUCCGAUAACGAACACCUGUUCGAGUCAGGAUAUGAUUACUGACGUGCAGGCGGCCAACGGAAAACAGCUUUACAAGUGCAUUGUAUGUGCUAAACUCUUUAAAAACCCGAACGCAUUAGAGAAGCAUUUGAGAAAAGUUCACACCGUUUAUACGGUAGCGAAUGAUCAUAAAACAGAGAAGAAAGUAAUUACUCAGAUUAGUCAGAAGAAAACUUCUCCGAUAAAACCAGCCAUCGCUAAGGCGUUGGCCACAAAGCUAACCCAGAAGAACAAGAAAUUGGAAGAAUCGAAUGCAACGACCAGUCCUAACCAGAGCCCGAGUGUCGUCGUGAUACCAGAGCAAUCGAUCCAUUUACCACGCCAAUAUAACAAAAAGAAACUUUCGACUAAAACAACGGCUACGACCACACCACCGGUCGGCAUGCAGGUGGCUUCGCCAGCAGCUUCAACAAUUGUCAGCAAUAGCACGGCAUCAAACGCCAGCAGUUCCAACAAAUCUCACAGCAUCAUCAUAAUCUCGAACCUCGAGCUGACCAAUAACAACCUGAUCGAUACUAGUCAACUGUUUUUGAACCAAAACAGUAACGCUCUAGGCAAUAAGAUAGAUCUUAAAGUAUUAAACUCAACCGACAAGUUACCAAAGCUGGUACCUAUAUCCAAUCAUGGUCCGCACCACAACCAUCAGCAAUCGCAGGCAGCUCUACUUCCGACAGCUAUUCUUCCGCCUGCGGUUAGUGCUUCCCAGACGAUCCCUACCAGCCAAUAUCAGGUUGCUCCGAUCACAUCGCUCCACCAGGCAACCACGGUCCUAUCAACAGCCGGAUCCAACAACUCUGGUCUGCUUGAUGGUAUCGCAUCCAGUCACAACAGUGGCCACGGGGAUGAACCUAAUCACAUGUUUAGUGAUACUUCCGUCGGAGCUGAACCACAUUUGUUAACCCUUUCUCCGAUCAAGAUUGGUGGGCACAACGGGGGUGAAACAUCGCAGAUGAUUUCUGUACCCGGAGAACGAUCAACCGAAACGAUGAGUAACAGCUUCUUAAGCCCGGAUGAGCUCUCUGCGGAUGCUAAUGAUAGUAAUCACUGUGAUGGCGAUAGCGAUAGCGCACAACUAACACAGACAAGCUAUCCCUGCGACGAGUGUGAUAGGGUGUUUCCGAAGAACUACCAGCUGAAACGCCACAUGGAGAUCCACGACAGCACCUACUACAUGUGUCCGUACUGUGACCGGUCACCGUUGAAGGCAAAAACGUCGGUUCGCAAACACCUCAACACGGUCCACCCGGAACGGGCCCCUCCGAAGGAGGAGAUGAACAAAUUCAUCUCCACACUGGUAGUCAAAGAUGAGGAAAUACUUCGUGAGCUGUACGCCAAAAAUGAGCGUAAAAUUAGAAACAAGUGUGCUAAGUUGCAGGCGAAGCAACUGCAACAGCAACAACAGCAGCAACAUCAACAACAACAUCAGCAGCAUGUUUUGGACAACUGUGUCACUAUAGUCGAACAGCAGUCACGUGUGAUGCAGCAGGAGACGGUCGCCGAGAUGACGAGGGUGGCACCGGAUGAGAUGCUGAAUAGCUAUCAGAACGACCGGCGUAGUGACCGUGUAAGUGAAAGUGAUGAACGAAAGAGUAGUACAAACGGUAGCCAUGAGAUUAGGAAUGAUGAGAUCAGUGGUUCGAAACGUAAGCCUAUCGACGGGAUCAAUACAGCCGAGACCUUACGGCGAAUCAGCGCCGGGGAGGAAGGUAAGAAAAUACGACUCGUUGAUGCACAUGGACAGGAAGUGCGCUAUGUUACAGCGACUACCGUUGGCAAUGGUGCGCUGAAAUAUAUGAGAAAGAAAUCAAUCGGUAUGGGUGAGGGAAGCAGUAGUAGUAUCCAUGCGAUGCAUCCUCCAGGGAGCAGUGGUGGGCAUAGCAACGGUACGCAUAGCUCAACAGUUGAUAACCAGAUGAUACUGGACAAUCUGUUUGAUACCAUUUCGAUUGAGAACUACGAGUUUGAUGAUAAUACUUCGAUCCAGUCGUACAAUCUGAUCGAGGAGCGGUUCAAAACGUCGUUCGAUCAGAUCCAGGAGAAACUGGAUGCUGAACUGUCGUUCGACGAGGAGCAGCUCAAGUGGCAGAAUAAUCUGAUGACGAACGAUUCCUCGAAUGAGAUUGGCGAUAAACUGCUCAAUGUGGAAGAGAAUAUCAUGCUGAUAUAAUGAGGGGAGUGGACUGACGUGGGAGAGUAGGGAUACGAUAGAUAGGAAGCGUUUCGGGAGAUUAUGUUACGCGGUGAAUGGUCCAGCGGGAUGUGCGCGGUUUAGAUGUCGUUUUCGUUCUUACGUUCUGCAUAUUUAUUUGCUGUAGCAUAAUUUUUUCCUCUAGCAAUUAAGAGCAAGACUCAGAUGCUUUUCUGUUCCGUUUCCGGCUUUUUCGUUUGUUUUAUUGUAGCUUUAUUUAUUAUCUACGUAUAUUUAUUAUAGGAAUUACGUGUGUGUGCAUGCAAGGGCGCGAGAAAGCGCUCGCUCUUUUGCUAUUUAGGGCCAAUAUAUUUACCUAUUUCAAGUGAACACAAGCACAAUGCUAAGAUAAGUUAUAUUUAUCUGCGUACAUUUAAACCAUCCUUUCCUUCGUUAGGAUAAACCGCUCUAUGGUUCUAAAGUGGCAGCUAUGAGUUACACUGUUUAGGUACACACUGUAGGAGCGAAAUUCAAGCACAUAUUAGGAUACAGAUAAUUGUGGAAACCACUGCAAUGAUUUCGAAUAGCACGCACAGUUUAUCAAAAGCAGCGGGACCUGCGAGUUUUCAUUGUACAUUUAUUUGGCAAUUAAAUCGUUGCUAGUCAUUUGAUUGAUUUUCGUUCUGCUGGAAUGAGUCCAUACUGGUAGUGGGGUUGGGAAUAAAAGAUUUCACGAACCAGGGUAGGUUGUAGGGGCAUUAAUCAAUUGCAUUGAGUCUAGAAGGUUGGUGGAGACGCGUGGUUGCUUAUUAUAGUUGGUUUCAUCGAUGAGCAUAUAACAGAACACAUGGAAUUUGAACCUGUUUGAUUUGAAUCAAAACUGUCAGUAAAAUCCUUCGGAUAAAAAUAUUUAUCAUUCUUCGUGGUUAUUGGCUGAAGAUUAAGGGAGUGUCUAGCUAAUUUUCCUUUCUUCAUUACACAUUUUUCUUUGUACUGCUUAGUCUCGAGCUCUUUUAUCAGAUGUUUUACGGUCACAAUGAAGCAUCUAUUUAUUGACGUUUCCUCAAUUUGAUAUCACUGUUAGGGAAUUCACGAAUAUCUUCCGGGCGCGUAAUUUCAAAGCAAAAACUUUUUUCUUUUUUAUUGGUAGGGCAAUUGUUAUUUUUGCAUUGUUCCAUUUUUUGUAUUUGUAUUUGUUUAUUAACAACUUUUCGACAACCUAUCAGCAUACUCCUUAACUCAGGUCAAAGAAGCAACAUUUUGAAUGCUGAUUAUUGUUUAAAUUUACUGGGUUGAGAGGUGAAUCUAGUUUUAAGAAAAACUAGCAGUUUGAGUUUAUGUUAUUUCAAAUGAGUUUUUCAAUGUGGCGUCGUAAACUAUUCCAAUAAGGGACCAUUCAUAAAUUACGGGCCGCAAAAAUUGUCCAAAAUUGACUCCCUCCUCCCCCCAUGUAACAAAUUGUCAAAAAUUUCGCUAUCUCCCUCCCCUAUUACGUAACAAAUUCCUUGAAAAAAAUGGUUCCGGAAUGGUUUGACUCGGUAGAGGUAUAACCGCUGUCAAUUCAUUCGAACGCAGCCACUAAAAACAUGAAGGUAGUAGCGCACCUCGUGAGGAUAUCCCAACUACCUUCGAAAACGCUAGAGAUUUUUACACAAGUUGAAUGCUGAAGAUGGACGUCUCUUCUAUGUGCUAAAAGGCCUCAGAUAUCAGAAGGCUUUUGCCACUUGACGUUGUAUGUAUUGUAAUUGUGUGAGGUAGUGAGCCCGCUCUUGAUGCCCACGAUGCAUGUGUUCCAGAAUGUAAUCAAUUCGGUUGAUCUCCGUGGAAUGCACGAAGCUAUCGAUUCGUAAUUGGUAGUUGAAUGGUAAAUCCUGCCCCAUCGAUAUGUGGUGUACCGCUACAUGUCCUAAUAUCGUGAGGUUAAGAACGUUUCAAGUAAAAAGUGAGUCUAAAAAUUUAAAUUUUCGAUAAAUGGUUGUGACUAUCGCGUUAGCUCACUUCAAAUAAAAUAUAUUUUAUAUGAAAAUAAAAGUUAUCCAGCUGUUUAGUGCCACAAUGGCGGUCUAAAUUGUUAAGUUCGUAAUACGUUUAAUUGACCUUUUUUGACAAUAAUCGUUUACGCCAGCUUGACAGCAACGCCCAGUUGAAGAUGUCGGGCGUUCAUUGAAUAAACAUCCAACGCAUUGGACUAAUGUAGGAUGACUUAAUCUCACUGGGCGGUUGACGUAAACGAUUAUUGUCAAAAAAGAUCCAUUAAACGUAUUACGAACUGAAUAUUUUAGGGUGCCAUUAUGGCACGUAAAAAGUUGGACACUGCUCAUUGCUAUAAACCCUUGAAAAAAAUCAUUGACGACGACAUGUCAAUACGCCUAAUACCGCGCACCUCAGAGGAAUGAUUUCGAAUACUGCGCAAAAUAAUUCCUAAUAUCAUGUACCAUAAAAUAAACUAAACACUGGUGUAAAUAAGGGAAUUUCAGUGAAAACUAAUAGAAUUUAUUGCAGAAUUGUUUUCUCAUCAUAUUUUUUCUUCAGUUUUAGGCGAUUAGAUUUCAGCUGAGCCUUUUUGUUAGCUUGAACUUUUGUAUUGAUUGUUCGUUCAGUUUUUUUUCUUUCCUUUUCCUUCAACUCAGUCAUUUUAAAUUUCUCGAUAUUCUCCAGGUACUCAUCGGAAGCAACACGGGUUGCGACCGAGGGUGGAUGCGGCUUCUACUUUCGUAUUGAUUUAGCUUUCAGUAACAUUUUAGGAGGACAAAACACCUCACCCAAUACGUUCAGAUGCUCGGCUGGUCGAUGAGAUAGAUCUAAUGGUGUCGUUUCGACAAGUGAUGUAAAAAAAAUAUGGAAAAAUGGAAUUUAAAUGGCUGUGAACCAUUUGGCGAUUUUUUCAACUUUUAGUUAAAAUUUGACAGUUUUUAAGUUAUUUUCUCUCGAAUGGUAAAAUUUAACCGAGAGAGCGAUCCAUUUCAAAAGUUGACAUUUGCAUAGUUAUUGUAGAAUUGACAGCUACGAUGACCACAAAUUGGUAGAGGUGUGAACAUUUGUCUAUAUUUUAAAAUUAGUUUUUUUUCUUAUUACAUCAUGUAUGACAGUCAUAACCUCGAAACGUGAACAUCCACGUCAUGAAAUAACCUAAACAAAUCUUGACACAACACGUUGCCUAUUCCAUCUUUAUCCCUUUAUUUUGUUUUGAAAAAUAUUGACAACCUCAAUCAGGUACAGAAAAUGUUUCCACCUUUUUAUUCUGCACCAUGGGCAACAUUUUAACUAUCGAGCUGUGAAAUUUAACUAUCGCUCUGUCAAUUUUUACCAUGCUCCAGAGCAGGGUUAUUUUGCAAAUAACAUUCAGUGUCAGAUUUUAAUCAAAAGUUAAAAAUUUCGCCAAAUGGUUCACAGCUUUAGAUUAUGAAAAUGCGCAGUUAAAAUUUUUUCCGAUCCUAGUAUGAACUUGUCUUCCAUCUACGAACUACGUCUCGAGUUGGAAUAGUGUGGACAGUUCACGUUAAAAAUUUGCUUUUGAUAUUUUAUAACAUCCUCUAGCUGAUUCUCCUUUAUAAAAGAUAUUAUUCCUCCAAUCCUCUUGAUUUGCUCGGACCCUACAUUGGCUCUACUUUUCGGCGAUGAGCACGCGACCUCGCGCGAAAUAUUCGGGUGACGUUUCAAAAAACCAGUGACCCAUCGCAGUCCAAGAACUCCAGCUUUGAAUGGGUUUUUAAUCUUGGCUAAUUUGAUAUAUUUCGUAACAAAAGCUCGUGCCGUAACAUGGUAAACUCGAAUCGGUGACAACACCGUCGAUCUCAACUUCAUGCGCGUGCAUGUUGACGCGGUAGUGCUUGUUUGCUUCGACCGAAUUCAAUGUGUAUGAUUUUAAAUAAGAAAUCGAAAUUUUUGUAAAACGAAUCUUGUUCAGCAUGCAUGUACCGAUAAGCUGUUUUUUUUUCAAAAGAGUUUAUUUAUGUGCGAGUCUGGACCUGGUGUAAAGUGAUAAUUCAAACAAUAUGAAUGAAGAGGCAGAAAAAAUUAGGGGAAAUAUAAUAAACCAAACUAAAAAAAAUUGAGUCUGAAAAAAUAGAAAUUACACGAAGCUAGCGGUCUCUAAAAACCUGUGGUAAACAUUUUUUUACUCAACGAUUUAUAGUCUAGAAACUCUAAACCCCUGCUUUUUUAUUUUGAUUAUAGAGGUUUUAACUUUAGGGUCAUACGCCCCUUCUUUAUUCUGUUCGGCAGCUCAGUUCAUUUGGAAAUAAAUUCGAUGGUCAAGAAAAAUGUUCAGAGCCCCAUGAAAGAUUUUAGUUUAAAAAAAUUGUCCUCAGAAAAUUUAGUAUUUCAAGACUUUCAUUUAUCUCUGGUAUCAAAAUUUUUCAUUUUUUUAAAACUCGUAUUUUUGCGUUAACAUCAGACCUCGAUAUUUCAUGUAUUUUGAAAUCAUUGGCAUCAAAAUGAAAUUUCUGAUUUCCAAAAAAGUCCUUGAGUUCUAUUUUUAGUAAAUUUUAGUAAUUUUGUGACAUUUUUUUUUAGGGAGACGAACCACUGCGACCAGUAUUGCGAUCUAUUGAUUUCACCCUUAAUUAGAUCAUGAGACCUAAUUAAGGAUGAAAUCUGUUUGAUAUGGCACCCCAUUUUUAACACCGCAAAAUUUUCCGUCACCAAAACGCUGCUUUUCUUGCCACAGGAACAGAUCCCUUGCCAAACCAUAAUUUUUGUUUCCGUGAAAACAAACUUGAAGCUGCCAAGAAUUUUUCUGUGAGCAGGACCCAUUGACCUUCAUUAUGGCCGUCUUAAGACCUCUCGGGACGCCUGGGCACAAUUGAACAUAGCGGCCUCAAUCAUUUAAUUGGUUCAAACAGAUGAAUAGUAGGAUGGUUACCCCUGCCACUCUGAGACUCUUUCGAAUUUGUGUGGGAAAAAAUCCUCAAAAUUUAGGAAUUAUAUUAUUAGAUCGUUCCUUUUGCAAUUUUGAUGUGUUCAAGUUCAUGUUUAAACACAUGUUGUUUAAAAGUUCAAAAGGAUCAAAAAACAACAUUUUUGGUUCCGUGCCAGCCUAAGCUGGUCGGGUAAUAGAGAAAGAUGCUUAAUUCGGCCAUAACAGUGCCAGGCCUUCGUGACACCUCAAAAAAGAAGAAUUUGGAGGGGUUUCGUCCGCAGAACGCUUACCAGAUACAGAUUUGUUGGCCAUCGUUUUCUGUUUGUCUACAGCAGUGGUUUUCAACCGAGGGAGAAUUCACCCCUAGGGGUAAAUUAGACCAUUGCAGGGGAGUGAAUUAUGUGGGGAAUCGGUAACUUGUUACCCUAGCAUUCUUCGGGUAACACUAUAAAGAGUGAGAGUGCUCAAGAACAGAUUUCUAAUUGGAAAAUUGUGGUUUUCAUGCAACUGGAAAUUUUUUUUCUGUUGGGGUAAUUAAGCAAAUUUUCAAAAAGGGGUGCAUCAUGAGAAUCAAUAUUCGGAAAGGGGUACACUGAACGAAAAGGUCUACAGGGUUCGAUCCCUUCUGAACUUUGUAUAUGUGGAGCUCAAAACAUCAUUUUAGUAUCGCACUAAAGGGUUACAAACAAUCGAAUGUACCAUUUUUCUCGAAUACAGUGCGUCUAUGCGUAAAGACGGUAAUGAUCUUCGUCAGUAUCAGGUCGGAUUUUGGUAACAUUGGUAGCACAUUUCGGAGAGGGAUUUGCCGACAGUGAAGCGGUAAAUUUUCAGUUUAUUCGCCAAACCAUUGUCAGUCUUGAACAGUUCGUCACAAAAAAGUUUUAUUCACCUAUGAAGCUUUUUACUUGCAUGUAAAACGAAGAAAAGCAACCUGGCGCUGAUAACGCACCCGAGCCGAAGCUACAACAAUAAGUUAAGCAAAUGAGUUGCCUGUUGUUCUAUACAUUCCCAGCGUGGAUGGCUCUUCUCAAAUGGCUCGUGCUUUCGUCAAACAAUUCUAUUUAGAUAUUUUUCAGCAAUACAAUGAAUAGGGGAACUAUGGGUAAAACGGACAGCUUGGGUAAGACGGACAUAUGGUUAUUUUAGGCAUAUAGCAUAUAAAGUUCAAUUGCAUUAUAUGAGUACUCUUUCUUUAUGGAUAUCCUUGAAUUAUGAAGCACGCAGUAGGCCUUGAAUAUUGUUAAAGGCGAAAGAAUUAAGUAAACAUUGAUAAUCAGUAGUGCAUCUUCGUGCGGAAGUAAUUUUUACGUCUCUGAUUUUAAGGUUUAUCGAGGAAAAAAUCAAUUUUUUCGCAGAUUUGUUCUUGUAUUUCGAUAAUGUAACUCUUAAAUGACAUCUUCGUGGAAAAUAACAGGUAAGUUCU